AUGGCCACCGCACAUGCUCAAAUGGUCCCUGCGAGGCCCUAGAGGCCAGAGGGGGGAGGGGAACCUUUGCAGACUCCCUCAUGGCCUUUAGGAAGCCCCUCAAAGGGGCUACAGGUGAAUUGUUUUUUUUAAAAAAAAUAAUACAAUAUAAGUCACUGUACACAUAUUCAGAUUGGCACUAUGUACAGAGAAUCAGGGCUUGUGAAUACUGAGCUGAUGUUUAUGAGCUAGGAUUGUAUUCAUUUGCUCUUACUUUGCUUCUUGUGAUAAGUGAGUUAAAUGUGAUGUCUUAAUAAUAUGGCUGUUAAUGGUGAGUUUGUCUUGGAAUCAGUGUGAAAUCCAUAGUAUUAAGGCCCACUGGGAAUUUCUUGCUCUCUUUCUCUCAUUUUAACUGACUUUCUGAAAUACUAGAAUAUAUUCUGAGCAGUGACACAGUUUACUCUGCAUAUCCUUUAAUUAUUUUCAGAGUAUCUGGGAAAAGUCAAAUUAUCUAUUGAUUUUUAAAACUUAUGUAAUGGUGAUGCUACAAUACAUAGUAGAGAAUUAGACAGGCACUUCUGUUUAGUUUUCCAAGUACACCUCCACAUAGUAUUUGGGUAUUUCAUGAGCUCCAGCAUACUGAAAUUUAUAGUUUGCCAGCAUUUUUUGGUCUGGCUAUGUCCACUGCCAUAUAGUUUUUGAAAUAUUAAAAGAUUAACAAGCUUGACUUGUAUUUUUCAGCUGAUAUUAUGGUGAAGUUAUCUGAAAGAUGGGUGUCAGAUGUUUGGACAGGGGGCCCUUGUGCAUCAGAAAAAUAUGUUCCAAAGGGCUGUGAAACCCUCAGGGACAUCUUUUGGGGACACACAGUGGGCUUCAGAGGGAAGGGGAAGUCAAAAUGUUCAUUUUGAUUGUCAUUGGACAGUCUCCCACGAGUGCAAUGGAGCAGCAGCAGUCUGGAUGCUGACAUGGAUUCACAUGUGCCUUGUCAGCAUUGGUAUCAACCAGUGUCUUUAUGCCACUUUUAUGCAUUAUAUAUUUUGUAAACAUUCCUAUGGCAAAAUACAUGUGUUGCUACAUUGUACUCAUGACAGAAUCAUGCCAUCUUCUCCAUAAAUGGCCAUUGAUAGCCCCUGAUAUAGUUUGAUUGAUUGGUCGGUCAAUAAAAGAUAUUACAAAAACAGCAUAAAAUGCUAGUGCUGUUUCCUUUUAAGGAAAUUGAAGUGUGCUCCUUGGACUGCCAUGUAAGCAUACUUGGAAUCAGUGUCCUUGAAAGCAUAUUAUGUGUACAAAUAAGCCCUAUUCACAAGUUACAUUCAAUGCACAAACAAUGGUACACUUCAUAUCUGUAGCCUGUGUUUGAGGGGCCUGUACCCAGGUCCAGCUUUUAAAUGAAUCCAUGUACAAGCAUUCACAGAAAAAUGUGUACAUGUGUAGCAUCUGUAACAUAUGAACAUAAUCUAACAUAUGAACAUAAUCUAACAUCUGAAUAGGGCUAUAGAUAUAAAGAAAAUCAGAAUUUAUCUGAUGGCAUUUUCAGCUCAGUACAGAAAGGAGUGCUUACACAUGCAUUGUAGAAUGUGGAGCUGGUUUUAUUACCUUUUUGAGACAGAGGAAGCUUCUUAUGGAUGUGGAUUUUAAAACAUCAGCACAUGUGGUACAAGAAGUCCAUAUAGAGUUUUGUGACCCCUUCUUUGCAUUUGUGCACCUUUUGGAAGUUUGGAACUCAUGAAGCUAUAAAACGAAGGGAUUAUUGAAAGAAUAGUUGGGUGCUUUUAGAUUUUAUGUAUUAGCCCAUAUGAAAUAUUAACAUAAUGGGCAUUAUUGGUUAUUUUAAUGUGUAUGUAUAUGUGAAUUUUGAUGAUUUUAAGGAUUUAUGUAUUGAUUUGAGUAUAUAUGUGGGUAAUUCUAAAACAGUAUAUAUUAAAUAUCCAGCAACUUUCAUCCUUUGGUAUGUUUUGAGAAAAAUCCUUACAGUAUUAGGUUGCAGUUGAAUGUGUCCCCUUAAUGUCUUUUUACAGAUUUAUUUAAUAUUGCAUAAGCAAAGGUUUUGUGUGGGUGGGUUCUUGUGGUGCAAUAUAGAGUUUCUAUUGGACUCACCUAGGUCCUUCUUUUUGUUGCCAUUCUUUCACCUGAAACAUGUCCUUUAUUUUUAUUUAUUUUUUGUGGGGGGGACUCUUUAAAAAGUUGAAAAACUUCUGUGGAGAGGGGUGGGAAAGUUGGCCUCAUGACUGUAAACUAUGAGAGCAGGUCUGCCCUUCCCCGUGCCAGGGAUGCACCUAGGCAAUUGGGGUGCCUCCAGCAGCCACCCUGCGCCCGCCACGCCAGGCCUCUGGGUUUUUUGGGGGGGGUUUUUUUGCAUAAUUCAAGCCACCAUGGCAUGUGUGUGGCUGAGGGGUGGGCUGGGGGGUGAGCUGAGCAGGACUUGCCUCCCACCCCCCACCCCUGGUGGUGGUGACCGGAGUGACCACUCAGCCUGUCCAUUCGGCCCAGAGGCUCUUGUUUACUGCGAGGUGCUACAGCACACUGGUGCAGUUAAAAUAGAUUGCCACAAGCCCAUGAUGCCACGUGCUGGAGCGCCUCGCAGUUAUCAAGAGCCAAUAGACAAGCCCAGCGGUCACUUCGGACAACACUGGGGGAGCAGGUAGGCAAGUCCUGCUAAGCUCACUCCCCAGCUGCCACUCCUCGCUUAAAUUAUACAAAACAAAAACCCUUUUACAUGUUACAGAGGACUCAUGCAAGGCUUAUAAACUUUGUGUCCAACUGUACAAGCAGCAGCUGCAGCCCACCCCUAUCCACAAGCAUCCCCUUCCUUCAGAAUUUGUUAACAGAAGGGGAAAGUCAAAUGAAUAGAAAGUGGCAUGUGGGGAGCAGGGAGGGCAGGACUGGGAUGACUCGCCCCUGGUGCUCUGACACUUUGAGCUGCACCCCCAAGACAGUGUUUGGAUUCAAACCAGAGCCAGCAUGACCAGUAACAGUAACUUGUGACUUCACAGUCAGCCACAGAAUUCUGCCAUCAUGGUUCCCCUUGGAAACCUGCGAAGAUUCUGCAGCAGGCUCACUUGGCAGCAUUUUAGAUUAGCUGAAGCAUCUUCGAUAAAUUGGCUGUCUUUGGCUGUCAGUUUAUUAGCAGCUUAUCAAUUUAGUUGUCAAGAUGGGUGGCUGUUGGUCAUGUGUAGCCUGCAGGUAAGUCUCUGGCAUGGUGGAUGAAGCAAAAUCUAAUGGCGGUGUGGACUUGGUUUUUAAAGAUGCCCUUCCGUUGUUUUAGCCUGUCUGGGCAGAGAACUGAAGCCCAGCCUGCUGUGUUCACACGUGUUUGUGCUCCCUGUGGGAACUUCAGUGGUCACAAGUUCACCACCACUAUUCACACCACACAGCUUCUCCCUGAAAUGCAGGCAGCCCUCGAAGGUCACCUGCUUGGCAGAUUUCCACUGUGUUUCUUAAGCUUGGAGGUCCUAGACCGGUGAAGCUGUAUCACUCAGGAACUAAUGGCUGGCUACUGUGGGCCCACUUGGGGGGUUGUGGGGAAAUCCUUCCCACCAGUUGAAGCUGACUUCAAAAGCUGCCCGCCAGCACCCCCAUGUUAUUUCCAAGAACAUGCCUAACCUUUUCUUCUUUCAUGUUCCCAUAGGUCUCACCCAGAGGCAGAACCAAAGGAUGAAGAUGAAGAGGGGGCACUGACAGAAACCCAACGCAUGUUGCACCAUUUUCUGGGGGACUCCCCAAUGUUUUGGGGGACACUCUGGGGAAAGAGCUCAUUGAGGAACCCUCCGUGCCAGAACCCCUUCCAGCAUCUCGCAUCACCAACGACAUCCUGGAGGAAGAGCUCACUGAGGAACCCUCCGUGCCAGAACCUCUUCCAGCACCUGGCAUGACCAAUGACAUCCUGGAGGAAAUGCUCACUGAGGACCCCUCCGUGCCAGAACCUCUUCCAGCACCUUGCAUCACCAACGACAUCCUGGAGGAAGAGCUCAUUGAGGAAACCUCAACGCCAGAACCCCUUCCAACACCUUGCAUCACCAAUGACCUACUGGUGAAAGUGAUCAUUGAGGAUACCUCAGUGCCAUGUCCUUCCAUCCUCACAGACACUCCAAAGGAAGCAGCUUCUGUGUCAGAGCCCUUACUAGAGCCUUCCAUUGCUGAUAAUUAUCUUCAGCAAGAAGUAGAACUCCUCAAAGGGUUACAGCAUGACUAUGUCCAGCAGCAACUGAGGGUUCGCCGCAUUUCCCAACAAUUCCCUCGUUCUCUCCGGGCCAUCAACCUGCAAAUCGGACACACGCGGACAAGGCUCAUCCGCAGUGAAGUUCGGCUGCAGCGGUGGGAAAGGGAAGAUGUUCCUGCAGGCCCUGCUGCACUUCUCCAGCCCUCUGGGUCUGAUUCAUCAUUGUCCUCUGCCUCCCUUGAGGUUGCCUCCAUCCCACCCUCCACCUCCACCUCUUCCCUCCUCCUGCAUCCCUCUCCACCUCCUCCUCCUUCCCCACCUCCUCUGGAGCCGGACCUCAGCAAUGUGAAAGAAACUCUGCAGAGUUUGGUAGAGAUGCAGGUCCAUCAGCUGCAUGACCGCCAAAGAGACCUCCACAGCUGCCAGGAAUGCUUACAAAGCUUCAAGGCACUGAGGCGGCUAAGGAGCAGACUGGCCAGGGUGGAAGCCACUAUGGGGAUCAUGGUUCCUCCAAGGGAGCUGGACGUUGCUGAGGAAGAAGGGGAAGGCAAAUUAAAAGAGACAACUGUGCUACUAUUUACAUAAGUAGCAAUAAAAAGUUGUGUAUAUAUUUUUUAAAAAUUAAAUAUUUGUUUUAAUAGGAUGUAGAGAUAGAACAGCAAUAAAACUUGCAUAUUUAUUGUUUAAAAAAAUAAAAUGUUUUAUUUUAAAGAAAA